UGCAAGCUUGACGUACAGAAUAUGAAAUAGGAGCACCAAAAUGGCACAGUUGGCAGCGAUUAGGAUUUUUCUGAUCGGCAUUACGCUGUCGAAUAUCAUCACAUUCACAUUUGGCCAAUACCAAUGCGAAGCAGGGGGCUUUCAACAUAGCAAUAACAUAUGUUACCACUACGAUGCGACACAGUUAGAAUGGGGGAGUGCUGAAACUGCUUGUAACGCUUAUACUAAUGGACAACUAGCCGUAAUUGACUCUGCCGACAUUGCAGCGUUCAUUGACACAACUGUGAGCCCUAGUGGUGAUUACUGGAUUGGGUUGAAAAAGCUUAAUAACAAUGAUGAGUGGAUAACCGGCGAUGCAGUUACAUGGGCAAGUUGGGGUAGCUCACAACCAGACUCCGGGGCAGGAACGUGUGUCCGCAGUAAAGAUAGUGGGCAAUCUAGUUGGGAGACAGAUGCGUGCAGCGGAUUGCACCCUUUUGUUUGUGAGCAAGAAGGAACAGGUGGAAGUUGUGCCACAGACUGGGAUACGUAUGGAAGUAACUGCUAUCUACUGAGUGGGUGGAAAUCACUUUCAAGCAGAUCUUGGGCAGACGCACAAACCUAUUGUGAGAGCCAAGGAACUCACUUGGCAGUGGUGACAACAUGGCCAGAAAACAAUCAAAUGGCAACUUGGGAGACCACGGGUCAUUGGUAUGGUAUGAUACACGGAGGACGCUUUAUUUGGAAUGGAAUUGGCACAAGUGCUGUGUACACUAGAUGGGCUAGUGAACCAAGCCCAACUCUUACGUCUGCUGAUGGUUGUAUAUUUGGUGAUAUCUCAGCCAAUCUAGGAGACUGGAAAACAAAACAAUGUGUUGGCCAAUCGAAAGGGUAUCUCUGUCAAACCAGUCCAAUCGAUGCUGACGAGUGCAUUCUGGGGACAGACACGUGUGAUACAAACGCCUUGUGUACUAAUACUAUCGGAAGUUACACUUGUGCAUGUAAUACAGGAUACAGUGGAGAUGGAACUUCUUGUACUGACAUUGAUGAAUGUUUAGACAAUGCUGAUAACUGCAACGCUGAUGCAUCAUGCACGAAUACACCCGGUAGUUUUGGUUGUUCAUGUAAUCUAGGAUUUUCUGGAGAUGGUGUGACUUGCUCGGAUAUUGACGA